CUUCACAUAGUUGCAUUGCUCACUAAUAACACUGUGAAACAUCUCAUAACAUGUGUAAUUUUUCUGUGUAAUUUUUAAAAUGGUAUACGCAUGAAUAUUUACCCGUGAACUGGAAAAGAAUAGUAUUCAUUUAAUAUCAAAAUGUCACUAAUAUUUCGCUCUGGUAAACAUAACUCAUUAUCAACGUUGACCAAAUUACCAAAUGUUUUAUAUUCUUCAACAUCAUCAACAUCUUCACCAAAGUAUGAUCAAGAAUUCCGAGUUCUUCAAAUACGUCCUCCACCUGAGACCAAGCAAGUUCGGUCAGACGGAAAACGUCCGGCUUUACCUCCAAGAUAUAAAGAAAUGCCUACAGAUCAGGAUUGGCCAUCAGUUUGGCCUGGUCCAAGGACUUUUCAUCCAGCUGUUGUACCAUUACCUAUUCGUCAAGGAUACGCAAAAAAGAAAGCUCCUCCAAGUAAAUUUGGUAAUGCAGAGCUCAUGAAAAUUCCAAAUUUCCUUCAUCUUACACCACCAGCUAUAAAAAGACACUGUGAAGCAUUAAAACAAUUUUGUACUGAAUGGCCAGUAGGAUUAGAAACUGAAGAGAAAUGUGAGAAACAUUUUCCAAUUACAUAUUCUUAUUCUGAUUAUUGUUAUUCAUCUCCAACGAUCAGAGAGCCUCUUGCAAGGAUUGUAACACUUAGCUUUAAAUUAUCAAGUUUAAAACUUGAUUCUCACGCUAAAGAUAAAUUUUUGCGUCUCGUAAAACACAGAUACAAUCCAGAAACAGAUACAGUGACUAUUGUAGCUGAUAGAUGUCCUACAAGAAAACAAAACUUAGAUUACGCCAAUUAUUUGAUGACUGCUGUAUUUUAUGAAUCCUGGAAUGUGGAGCCUUGGGAAGCGGCGAAGUCAUUAGCUGAUAUGGAAUAUUAUGAAUGGGAUAGGAAUAAAAGUAGAGAAACUUUAGUGAAGAUUCAUGCAUGGCCAUCAGAUCCACCUGAAGAUUUGGAUUAUGAUACUAUUCCUAAUGUGACCGAAUAUAAAAUAGCCGUGAGUGAUCUUAUUAAUACCGGGGAAGAUCAUUUUACAGUGAAUAAAUAUCGCGAAGCUGUUAAAAAUAUAUUACAUUUAAAAAAAGAUGCUAGAGCAAAUUAAAAUAAGUCAUAUUUUAAUGAAUACAAAUUUAUAUUUAAUUAUAAUAAAAAUAAUUAGAGCUAAA